AUGCUAGAGGAUCAGAGCGAGUGUGGUGCAGUGCAGGUGAGUGAGUCUUUAUGUGUGUUCACAGGAGAUGGAAACCCCAAAGAGAGCAGCCCUUUUAUCAACAGCAGUAGCAGCAUUGACAUUGAGAAAAGCCAGCAAUAUGAUGGAAAGCACAUGGCCCUGUUUGAGGAGGAGAUGGACACGAGUCCCAUGGUGUCCUCUUUGCUCAGCAGCCUUGCCAACUACUCCAAUCUGCCACAGGGCAGCAAGGAGCAUGAGGAGGCCGAGAAUAACGAAGAGGCCCGCAAGAAAACAGUGCAGGCUCCUCGUAUGGGCACGGUGAUGGGUGUCUAUCUGCCAUGCAUGCAGAACAUCCUGGGGGUGAUCCUCUUCCUCAGGAUGACAUGGCUUGUGGGUAUUGGAGGAGUCUUGGGCACCUUCCUCAUCGUCUUCAUGUGCUGCUCAACGACUAUGCUGACUGCCAUUUCAAUGAGUGCAAUUGCUACAAAUGGAGUAGUGCCAGCUGGUGGUUCCUACUAUAUGAUCUCCCGCUCACUGGGGCCGGAGUUUGGCGGAGCAGUGGGCAUCUGUUUCUAUUUGGGAACCACUUUUGCUGGAGCCAUGUAUAUACUCGGCUGCAUUGAGAUUCUCCUGAUCUACAUAGCUCCACAGGCGGCUAUAUUUCGCAUGGAAGGCCUGGACGGCCCCGAAGCUGAAGCUGCAAUGCUCAACAACAUGCGUGUGUAUGGAAGCAUCGUUCUCACCUUCAUGGCUCUGGUGGUGUUUGUCGGCGUGAAGUAUGUCAACAAGUUGGCGCUGGUUUUCCUCGCCUGCGUCAUCCUCUCCAUUCUGGCUGUUUAUGCGGGAGUGAUCAAAAGCGCUUUCGACCCGCCAUACUUCCCGAUAUGUGUGCUUGGUAAUCGGACUCUGAUGUCUAAGGGCAUUGAUAUCUGUGCAAAAACCAUUGAGUUAGGCAACGGUACAUUUACCACCAAACUUUGGAGACUUUUCUGUGACUCUGAGUUCCUCAACGCCACCUGUGACGAAUAUUUCACCCACAACAACGUUUCUCAGGUGCAGGGCAUUCCCGGUGUAUCCAGUGGCAUCCUGGCAGAGAAUCUCUUUAGCACCAUCAUGAAUAAGAAUGACUUCUUAGAGAAGCGAGGUCUUCCUGCCGUGGUUGACCCCGAUGCUCCAGUAACCAACACUAACCGCUAUGUACUAGCAGACAUCACCAGCUUCUUCACUCUGCUGGUGGGCAUCUAUUUCCCCUCUGUCACAGGUAUCAUGGCUGGCUCCAACCGCUCUGGUGACCUGCAGGACGCUCAGAAGUCCAUCCCCAUUGGCACCAUCCUGGCCAUCUCCACCACCUCCACUAUAUACAUGUCCUCUGUGAUUCUGUUUGGGGCCUGUGUCGAGGGAGUGGUGCUGAGAGACAAGUUCGGUGAGGGUGUUAAUGGGAACCUGGUCAUUGGUACACUUGCAUGGCCCUCCCCUUGGGUCAUCGUGUUUGGUUCAUUCUUCUCCACCUGCGGGGCGGGGCUUCAGAGUCUGACAGGAGCGCCUCGUCUCUUACAGGCCAUCGCGCGAGACGGGAUUAUCCCCUUCCUCAGGGUAUUUGGUCACGGGAAGGCUAACGGUGAGCCCACAUGGGCUCUACUUCUGACAGCUACCAUAUGUGAGAUUGGUAUCCUUAUUGCCUCUCUGGAUGCUGUCGCACCCAUCCUCUCUAUGUUUUUCUUGAUGUGCUACAUGUUCGUGAACCUGGCCUGUGCUCUGCAGACGCUCCUCAGAACGCCAAACUGGAGGCCACGCUUCAAAUUCUACCACUGGGCGCUGUCCUUUCUGGGUAUGAGCUUGUGUCUCUCUCUGAUGUUCAUCUGCUCCUGGUACUAUGCCAUCGUGGCCAUGGUCAUUGCUGGCUGCAUCUACAAAUACAUAGAGUUCUGUGGGGCGGAGAAAGAGUGGGGUGAUGGGAUACGCGGCAUCUCUCUCAGCGCUGCCCGUUACGCCCUGAUGAGGUUGGAGGAAGGACCACCGCACACCAAAAAUUGGAGGCCUCAGAUCAUGGUGCUGGUUGGUUUGGAUGGAGAGCAGAACGUGGAGCAGCCACGCCUCCUCUCACUGACCAAUCAGCUGAAGGCAGGCAAGGGCUUGACCAUCGUGGGAGCUUGUGUUGAGGGCACGUACCUUAACAACCACACACAAGCACAGAAAGCAGAACAGUCCGUGAGGAAGCUGAUGGAGACAGAGAGGGUGAAGGGCUUCAGUCAGGUGGUGAUCUCAUCCAACCUGCGUGAUGCCACCUCUCAUCUGAUCCAAGCCGGAGGACUCGGUGGCUUACGCCACAACACUGUGGUCAUCAGCUUCCCGAAGAACUGGAAGCAGCAUGAGGACAACCGGCAGCUAAGGAAUUUCAUUGAGGUUGUGAGGGAGACCACGGCAGCUCAAUUGGCUCUUCUGGUGCCAAAGAACAUAGCUGCUUAUCCAUCCAAUGGCGAGCGCUUCACUGAGGGCCACAUCGAUGUCUGGUGGAUUGUCCACGAUGGAGGAAUGCUUAUGCUCCUGCCUUUUUUGCUGCGCCAGCACAAGGUUUGGAGGAAGUGCAAAAUGCGCAUCUUUACCGUGGCUCAGAUGGAUGACAACAGCAUUCAGAUGAAGAAGGACCUGAUGACCUUCCUCUAUCACCUGCGAUUCGAUGCUGAGGUGGAAGUGGUGGAGAUGCAUGACAGUGAUAUCUCAGCCUACACCUAUGAGAAGACUCUGGUAAUGGAACAGAGGUCACAGAUCCUUAAAGAGAUGCACCUUACCAAGAACGAGUGGGAGAGAGAGAUUCAGAGCAUCACAGACGUGUCCCGUGGCUCCAUCCGUCGGAAGAACCCAUCUAACCUUCAUCCGCAGAAGAACAUCCCUGAGGAGCCUGCAGGGGGCAGUACCGAGGAGAAACCAGAAGAAGAGGUACAGCUCAUCCAAGGUAAGAAUGCCACGCCCACCCCGACAAGCCCUCUCUCCCCGACUCCUGUAGACAAAGGGGCCAUGAGCCCCAGUGAAGAGGUACAAAUGACCUGGAGUGAUGACUUAGACAAUUCCAAGAAUCCAUCUGUGGCUAAUCCAGAGACCACUAAAGACCUGUUUAACAUUAAACCGGAAUGGGAAAACCUGAACCAGUUCAACGUGAGGCGCAUGCACCAUGCGCAAAAGCUUAAUGAAGUGAUUGUGAGAAAGUCGCAAAAUGCAAAACUAGUCCUGCUAAACAUGCCUGGGCCUCCCAAAAACUGCACAGGAGAAGAGAACUACAUGGAGUUCCUUGAGGUCCUGACUGAGGGUCUCAAUCGAGUCCUCCUCGUGCGUGGUGGCGGACGUGAGGUCAUCACCAUCUACUCUUAAUAGACAAACACAUCCUCCCUCUGAAGUCUUUCUCAUGCCAUGUUGCUCGUUCAUAGACUGAACAUUCUAGUAUUCCCAGACUCUGCCAUGAGCAUUAG